UCCCGCGGUUAAUGGCAUAAAUCCUCAAAUAUCCUUCAAAAUUUUCGUCUAACAGGUCACAUCCGUCGAACAGGUCUCGUUAGGCCGGAGGUCAGAUGGUUGCGGAUUCCGAAAAUUCUCAUCCCUGCCGGGGUUUGGCGGAAGAUCUUCUUCCUCAUGAUGUUGCUCACCACAUCGCGUCCUUGCUCCCGGUUUCGGACCUUUGUUCCCUGGGUUCUACAUCUAGGACUUGGAGAGACUUAUGUAGUUCUGAUAGAAUAUGGAGUACACUAUCAAAAGACAGAUGGCCUGCAAUCAAUUUGGAAGAAUCUCAGUUAUUGGAGACCACAGGAAAGCACGAGGAAAAGGAUGAGGAGGCCUCAACUGCCUCCAUGCAGGUAUGGAAGGGUGUGUAUGUGAAGUGGCACAGAGAGAUGGCUGAUAGAGCUGCAACUGUUGUCAAGUUUGUAACGGAGUGUUCGUCGCAUGAAUCACUUGAAGUUGGAGAUUACCUAAAAGCUGUAAAGAUUCUUUGUGAUUUGCAGUUGGGCUUCAAGGAUGUCCAACUUUAUAUAUUUACGAAGGAGAACAAUGUACUUCUCAAUCUGAUUGGUCUCCACUACUCCAUCUUUAUGCUUCAAGUGCAGACUAUUGACAUUGCUGAAGCACUCUGUCUUUGUCGGGUUUCUAAUCGGAGAGUCUGUGUAAGAUGGUGGAAGCUUGGCCGCUGGGUGUAUGGAUUCCGCCAACGUGAUGAAGUGCGAGUAAAUAGGGUGUCUCUACUUGACAUACUGAAGCCAGAGAAUCAGGAAACCUUGUGGGUUCUUGAACGUGGUGUGGUUCAUGAGGUUCUUAGGGUUCAGAUUUCAACGGAGGAUGUUCAAAUAAGUGGAUGGGAAUUCAAUUUUCAACACUUAAGAUGAACUUAGUGCAUAACAUGGACAUGAAAUUCCCGGGUCCUUGGAUGUUCGUGACCUGGAAGUUUGGCAAUUGUCCUUGACUCUCUACAGAUGUAUAUUUGUGUGCAUAGUUUUUCUGUUACUCCUUGAUAAGCUGUUUGUUCUUCAUGAGCGUGGAGAAAAUGACUACAUUGACUAACAGGGUAUUUUCUGUCAUUUUCAAUUGCGUCAAGGGGAAUUAUGUAAAUUUGCUCAAAGCUUGUAUAGUGUUGUUGAUUCGUUGUUGUUCAUAGCAGUAUUGUUUUUAUGUAAAUAUCUUAAAACCUUGUACAUGGCAAUAACACCCUUGACAUUAUUAUCUCUUGUAUCAGUUACACUUCAAUUGGUUCUACCAAAGCAUAUGAACGAGAAGAUGUAUCCCCUAUCUGACAAUCUGAUACUGAAGUUUUUUAUAUACAA